AUGUUGGCACCCACAAGUCGAGGCAAUUCAGAAAGUGUACUUGACCCCGACAACCCAGCAGUCAACAAACAAAUAAUGCUUGACUGGCUUCGCAUCAAUCACCCCAAGACCCCCGUAAGCUCCAAGGCUAACAAAGGCGAGGUAGCUGAUAUUGUCAGAAAAAGUCAACCGCACAUUUUUGGAGACCCCAAUUCACCCGCUGGCCCAUCCACGCAACCACCCAAUCAAGUGUAUCCUAGUUUAGAAUCCCUUCGAGUAUCCUCUCCCGCUGUGGGCCAGCAUUUUCAAAUGAGUGAAAACCUGUUGAAGCGUUCUGCAUCUGCUGAUUUGGACGUUCCUCAUCCUAACCAGCGCAUCGCUAAUAUUGGUGAGAUACCCGGAAAGAGAAUCAAAGCCGCGACUGACGCGGAGUUCGGUGAAAGUGGCGAGAGUUCAAAGAUUAAAGGAAAGAAAUCUCGCGGCAAGAAGCCAAAGUCAACGAAAAUCAAAACUAGGGGAACUUUAAAGCCAGUUGGUUCUGAUGGCGUUCCUGGCGUUCCUCAACCUCAACCUUUGCCCAUCUCUCCAAUUUCAAGUCUCAGCGAUGAGGAAGAAAGGCUUGAGCUUCAGGGGCUCAAGCAGACUAUAUCGGCCCCUCUUGUCGAUAUCAGUGGUGCUCCAGACAGUUUUCCCUCACCACAGGUCUCCAUCAUCGCUCCCGGAAUCAAAUCAAGAAAGCCUUUUGUCAACCCUUGCACUACCAAAGAUUUCUUUACGCCAAACCCAUCGACUUCUCAGCUAAAAAUCAACAAAUCAAAAGACGAUCAUACCACUGAUGAGCUGGAUCUCAUUCAGUUCUCUGAUACAGAAAUAUUUGAUAUUGGGAAUCUCGUUAUUGGGCGUGACAUUCCGACCAUCGGAAUGCAGGAACACUUUUCUCCAUCAAAAAAGAAGACAGGUGUCGAUGUUUUCCAAGAGGAGCAGCGACGAGAACAGAAAGUUAAAUCCUUGGAAGAGCGCUUGGCUCAUCUGGAAACUUCCAUUGAUAUCCUCGAGAAAAAGGCUAGCAACAGUCUUUUCCAGGAAAUGCAACAACAUCAAUCAAACGCCGAUGCAAUUGCAAAAAACACCUCACUUCUUGAACAAGCAAAAGAAGAAAUCACCGUACUUCAGGACAAAGUUGAAACUUUGGAUACCGAAAGAAUCAAUCUGCAGUACGAUUUGGAUAUGGCUCGCAUCAACAUUGAUGCGCAUCAUAGAAUUUUUAGGAAGAUACUAGGAUCCAACAGCCAUAUUGAUCUCGAAGAGCAAUAUGAUUCAUCAUCCAAAGAAUCGGAAAGCUCUGAUCAACAAAAUCCAGUCUCAUGUAACAAUGACAGUACUGUCUCUGCAUGA